AUGGACUCUGUUAACACAAAUUCGACUUCGGAGGUGGUUGAACAAGUUAAGUCCACUCACGGACAGUAUUGUGCAGCCAAUACCAUCAAUGCCUUUAUCAGUUACGUCGUCUGGUUUCCAAAGACCCAAGAGGGUAAAAAUGUGGGGCACCAGUCUUACGAAUCUACCAAGCCGGACAGCAAGAUACCUGUUCGAAUUGACAUCAAUCCGGCAAUGUCAUUUGAACUUUGCAAAAGGAAAAUCUUAGCCGAAAUCGCCAUAUCUCACGCUAAUGCAGCCACUCUGCUGAGAGCAGCCGAGGAUGCGACGGCCGACUUGCCCGAGUUGAAAUGGUAUGCUUACAUCUCCGGGACCCGAUCAUACCCAAUGACUGGAGACCGAGUAGUGGUCAUCACAAGCGAUCUGGAAUGGCUACAAUGGAUUUCUUCAUGUGAUGCAUCCCGAGACAAAGUGUGUGGUGUCAAUUUAGUGAUGCAAAACCCGGUGUCGGUGCAAAAAAAAAGAAAGCAAGAAGAAUCUCUUUUGAUUCAAGCAACCAAGAUCAAACGUCGCCAAACUCGCCAUGUUGCAAAUCAAGCAAAGAAAAAUAACAAACAACAUCUGACUCCAGAAGAAAUGGCGCUAGACAAAGACGCGGAACAGACCAAUGACCAUCAAACUGAGUCCGGAGAAAGUACUGGAGGCGACACCGAUACCGACGUUCUGAAGAUUGUAGCCGAUGAGAUUUACAAAAAACACCCAAUCAAAGCCGAUUACGAUCGUUCAACACCAGUCUAUGUUGACCCACAGGACACAAACAAAUUCUUUUAUAUCACAGCAGGAAUGUCGAGAAUUUGGGCCAGAGCAAAGCUUGAUUGUGAUGCCAAGGGUUCAAAAGUUGUAACUCUUGACAUACCACCAAAGGCAGGUGGUAUAAAGUGGCUGAGCAGAUCAGCAGAAAUGAUGAAGCGUACCAAGGGUAGCGGGGUCUCUACUAACCAGGACUUUGGCAACUUGAUGGCUCAAUUGGUGACUUCAAUCCAACAGCCACACACUGGUGUAGCUGAAGCAACGAGUGGAGCUGUAUUGAAGGCUCCACUCGCCAGGUAUCUAAACUUUUGUGAAAUUGUGGAUCUCGAUGGAUCAGUUGAGGCGCGUUUGACUGAAGCAGGCUUUGAUCAAUAUGAUCUUUUUGACCAAACGUAUCUGCCUCGUGAUGAUUUGGUAAAGCUCAAUCUUAGACCCGGUGAUAUAACUCGGUUGUACAAAAAUGUCAACAGAUUUGCUAAGAUUCAAGAUCUUGAACAGAAAAAACAGAGAGGUUAUCGAAAUGGAAACGCUCGAGUUGAGAUGAACCACAAGCUUGUUAGAUGGUGCUCAACAAGGUUGAACACCAUUUUUAUAGUGAUUCAACCAGCACAACCCCAAAGAACUGCUAAGCUCGGAAUCAAAAUUUAUCAUCAACCCAAGCUGUCCUUUGCAGCUGGACCCCGUAAGAAUCGACGUAAGCCUUUUCGAGGUGGAGUGAUUCCUUGGGUGCAUCCCAAGAGAUAUCCUCGGUUCUAUAAGGACUUAGAUGAACUUCCUGACCCGGAUAUAUACUUAUUCCUUACGUUGAAUCGCAAUCGCAAGAACUCCACGGCCAGCAAGCGACUUCGAUGGAAGCAAGAGGACCAAAACGAACGUAAAGACUUAGACAGAUGGACCCAGGCCAACAUGAAAGUCUGGCGUUCCGAACAACAAGCCGAGGCGCACAAGCACUUCUUCUUUCUGAAGGGAGCCCUUGCCGAUGUUCAAAACAAUGGGCCCACUUGGCUUUUCACUCCAGCCAAUCACAUGGUUGCUAAUAAAGUACUACGAGAAUCAUCAAAUGCAGAAAAAUACCAUGCAUUACCUGUUGAAGAGCGCAAACAAUGGCUCGAGGAGAAGAUGAUUCAGGCUCGUACCAAUUAA